GCGUUGGUUACGACUUAUGAGAACCUUUAAACCGCUGACGUAAAGUAUCAGCAUGUUCGUAGUGGUCCUUUUUAUACCGGUUGUAGCCGGAAACAUUUUUUUAGAGAGCGACUUUCGUCGUCUUCCGAAAAUAACCGAAAGAAAUAGUCCGCAGAGAAAGUCCUACACGUUAUUUGACCCCUGCCUGAUGGAAGAAGAUAAAAAACUAUUAUUAAACUGUGCCGAGUUAAGAAGACAUGGAGAAAACGAGACCAGUGAAUAUUAUUUCGAUCUUCACGAAAAACAAGUUCAUGUGAAGUGUGACAUGGAUACCAAAGGCGGCGGGUGGACUGUGAUUCAACGUCGGGGCCCACGCGAAAACGACAAGAAACUAUUCGAAAAAAGGAAAAAUGAGUACGAGCAUCAUUUUGGAGAUGCCUCGGCUUCAUACUGGAUAGGGAACGAGAAUCUUCACCUUCUUACGGCCUUUCCAAGGAAAAAACAAGUUCUCAGGAUUGAACUAGAGAGAAAAGAUAAAAAGAACAUCCUUGCCGAGUAUGAUCAUUUUGAAGUUGGUUCCAAAGCGGAGAAUUACAAGCUGUCUGUUGGCGAGUAUAAGGGGCCUGAUGGUUACGACGCGCUGUCAUUCCACAACAAAGCCCCGUUCACUACCACAGAAAGCGGGAGUUGGACAUCCGGUUGCUACAGACUACAAAGUGGUGGCUGGUGGUUCUCAGACAAUAUCUGUGGUCACUCGAAUCUUAAUGGACGUAAAUUCAAAGAGAGUGGUCCGGAAAAUAAAAAGGGCCUUGGUAUUACUUGGCACAAUCAAAACGAUGGAACUUCCGGGAACGACGUCUUCCUCAAGGUGGAGAUGAAAAUCAGGGAUGCCGACUUUGAGUUCUGCAUGGGCUCCUUAAUAUACGGCGUUCUCUGAUCUACCUUCUCUGUACUAGUGCAAAAAGUAAAGGUUCCG